AUGGCCGCUCCUCGACUUUUCCGCCCAGCUUCCCGGGUGCUGUCUUCGCGCCUGUCGACCUUUGCUAAGCGUCCGGCUUUCGCUCCUCUUUGCGCCCAGUCUGCUCUGCGCGUCCGCAACUAUGCUACCGAGGGUGGUGUCAAGGAGGUCACUGUCCGUGAUGCCUUGAACGAGGCGCUCGCCGAGGAGCUCGAGGGCAACGAGAAGACCUUUAUUCUCGGUGAGGAGGUCGCACAGUACAACGGAGCUUACAAGGUUACACGAGGCCUCUUGGACCGUUUCGGUCCCAAGCGGGUUAUUGAUACCCCCAUCACUGAGGCUGGUUUCACCGGUCUUGCUGUCGGUGCGGCUCUGGCUGGUCUGCACCCCAUUUGCGAGUUCAUGACCUUCAACUUCGCCAUGCAGUCUAUCGAUCAGAUCAUCAACUCCGCUGCCAAGACUCACUACAUGUCCGGUGGUAUCCAGCCUUGCAACAUCACCUUCCGUGGUCCCAACGGUUUCGCCGCCGGUGUCGCCGCCCAGCACUCCCAGGAUUACUCUGCCUGGUACGGCAGCAUUCCCGGUCUUAAGGUUGUCUCUCCUUGGAGCUCCGAGGAUGCCAAGGGUCUCCUGAAGGCUGCUAUCCGCGACCCCAACCCUGUUGUGGUUCUGGAGAACGAGCUUAUGUACGGUCAGGCUUUCCCCAUGAGCGAGGCCGCCCAGAAGAGCGACUUUGUCCUGCCCAUCGGCAAGGCCAAGAUUGAGCGUGCCGGAAAGGACCUGACUAUCGUCUCCCUCUCCCGCUGCGUCGGCCAGUCAUUGACCGCCGCCGCCGAGCUCAAGCAGAAGUACGGUGUUGAUGCCGAGGUUAUCAACUUGCGCUCCAUCAAGCCUCUUGACGUUGAGACCAUCAUCGCCUCCCUGAAGAAGACUGGCCGCCUGAUGGUUGUCGAGUCCGGCUACCCCAUGUUCGGUGUUGCCUCUGAGAUCCUGGCCCUCUCGAUGGAGUACGGCUUCGACUACCUCACUGCCCCUGCCGUCCGUGUCACCGGUGCUGAGGUCCCUACCCCCUACGCUCUCGGCCUCGAGAACAUGUCCUUCCCCCAGGAGGACACCAUUGUCACCCAGGCUGCCAAGCUGUUGCGGGUUUAA